AUGGGAUGGUUUGGUGGUUCAGGACCAGCAAAAUUAUCACCAGUAACUGAAUUAAAACAAGAAAAUGAUAAUAAGCAAAAGUUUUUAGAAGACUUACCACCAAAGUUUGAUGAUAGUAAUCAACAGAAACAACCUUCACCUCAAGAAAUUACUUAUUGGUCAGUAUUAAAACAAAUUAAAUUAUCUGAUUUUACUGUUGAAAGGUUUGCUAAAAUGCCAUGUUUCAAAGAAGCUAUGAUGACAGGAUUUCAAGCUAUGGCAGUUUUAGGAGGUGCCACUUUAGUUAUUCAAAGAAAUGUCAACAGAUCUGUUCAUUGGAGUGUUUGUGGGUUUUUAUUGGGUAAUAUUUUAGGAUGGAAUCAAUGUAGAUCUAUAAGGAAGAAGCAGUUAGAAACUAUGGAUAAGGCUAGAAGAGUUAAUAGGGAAAAAGUCGCUAAGAAAUGGGAAAACGAAGACGAUAAAGAUGAAAGAUUAGAACAAUUUAAGAAAGUUCAAGAAUAUUACAAUAAUAAGAAAAAUAAUUAA